CAACAAAAAUAAAAUAAUCUCAAAAAUGGGCGUAGACAGUUUAAUAGUCAACAUACUGGAUGCAGAUUUCCUUUUUCGUAGACUAUAUAAAACCCCUGAGUAAGCUUAUCUUCUCGGCACGAAACCAAUUCACCAAAGCAGAAAAAAAAAGAUAGAAAGAGCAUAGUAUACAAUAAUACCUUUUCUAGGGAGAAGAAAGACAAAAUGGCGCAGUCGGUGAUCGUGAAUCGAAGGUUCUGUGUUCCUGGCCCCGUGGAUCUGACGAUGGUGCGGGAUAAGAUUGCGUCACAGUACGGUAACUUCGUUAUAGGUGACGUUAACGGGAACAUGAUGUUCCAGGUGAAGAAGCCGGGUUUUGGUCUUCACAAGAAGAUGAUCUUAUUGGAUAGUUCUGGAUCUCCGGUUUUGACUAUGAAAGAAAAGUCGAUGACCUUGCAUAACAGGUGGCAAGUAUUUAAAGGUGGGAGUACGGAAGAGUGUGAUAUGUUGUACACUGUGAAGAGAUCGUCGAUGAUUCAGCGUACGACGAAACUUGAUGUGUUUUUGGGUCAGAACAAUGGAGAGAAGACAUGCGAUUUCAGAGUCAAGGGGACGAACUGGCUCGAACGCUCUUCUGUCGUCUAUGCCGGUGAAUCUGACGUCAUUGUUGCCCAAAUGCAGCACAAGAAGCACACGCGGCAUACCGCUUUAUCGGGAAAGGACAGUUUCUCAGUGACGGUUAAUCCAAACGUCGAUUAUGCCUUCAUUGCCUCUCUCGUAGUCCUUUUCGAUGUUAUUGACCGACAAGAGUCGGCCAAAGGAAUCGGCACUGAUAAUUUCGAGGCUGCCCACGUUGUACAGGGUUUAUUUCAAUGAUGGAUUUUAAAAGAGUUUAAAUCCAACCAAAAUCUAUUGUUAUUCAGGCAAUGAUUCUAAAUUAUGUUUUAAAGUUCAGUGGUAUUGGAUCUUAUAUUUAUAAAACACUCAUCAUAUAUUUUUCAA